GGCGACAUGGCGAUGGCGCAGUAGUGGCGAGGUUGGUGGUGGUGCUGGCGGCGGCGGCGGCUUUGACACCGACACCGACAUCGCGACCACCGCUCACUGACCACCGACACCGACCACCGACACCAUCGCUGCCAUCAGCGCUCGAGUCGGGGGUACUUCCACCGCCGUCAUCAUCGUUCCUCCCCACGUGAUCCCGAGUCGCGCCACCUCCCCGUGUCGUCGUCCUCACCGCCGCCUCCUGGGCCGCCAUCGUCUUGCGAACUAACGCCGGCGCCCGAGAGCGCGUGGGGGCGGCCAACACCAUCUCCGCCAUGGAGCAGCCGCAGGAGCCUCCCACAGGGAGCGGCAGUGGCGGCGGAGAGGACAGCGGCGCUCGCCACCUCUCCCUCGCCGUGUUCCACAACGUUCCGCCUGCCUACAUCCCCGAGGUGGCCAUCGAGUGCCACUACUCACUGGCGCCAGAGCUGCACCCACAUACCAAGGACUGGGUCGGCAUUUUCAAGGAGGGCUGGCGCCGCCCCAGGGACUACGUCACCUUUCUCUGGUCUCCGCUGCCGGAGGAGCGCGGCGAGCAGGGCAAGCCUGCGGAGUGCAGCGUGCAGUUCCAGGCGUACUACCUCCCGCGCGAAGAUGGACACAGCUACUGCUUCUGCUACGUGAGCCACGAGGGCCGCGUGUGUGGCGUGAGCACGCCCUUCCGCUUCCGCCGGCCCCGCCACAGCGGCCCCGACGAGCUGCUCGCCAUGGAGGAGGACGCUCUGGACGUGCUCGUGGUCACCACGCGCUCCGAGCUGCUCCAGAAGCGGCUACUGGAACUGCAGGAGGAGGGCGCGGAGCUGCGGCAGUUGCAGCUGGCACUGGAGGAGGAGCGGGGAGAGCUGCAGGAGAAGCUGGUGACGCUGGAGGCGACGCUGCGUGACGAGAAGGAUGAGAGGGACGUGCUGGGCCAAGAGCUAGCGGCCCUGCGUGUGCGCGAGGCGGAGCUGGGAGCGGAGUGUGAGCGAGGUCGCCACAGCCAGGAGGAGGCCCUUGCUCGCUUGCACCUCCUGGAAAGUGACAUCGCCGCCCUAAGCAGCAAGCUCCUCGCCAAAGAGACCCACAUCGAUCGCUUAAAAGAUCAACUGAGAAAGCUGGGCGUGGAAAACGAGCAGCUGCGCAGCCAGAUGAAGAAAGUGCUUGAGGAAAAGGAGCUGUACAAGGAGCACCUGCGCGGCCGUGAGGUGGAGGAGAAGGAGCUUCUGGAGGAGUUGGGCGCGCUGCGGGAGCGCCUGUCCGUCCGUGAGGCCGAGUCCGCCAGCUGCCACCAGGAGGUGUCCUCCUGUCGCGAGCAGCUGGUGCAGGCGGCACGCGACCAGGAGGAGCUGGCGCGCGUACGUGAGGAGCUGCGGGUGGCACUAGACCAGCUGGGCUCGGGCGAGCAGCGCCUGGUGCUGCUGGGCGAGGAGCUGGCUCGCGCCGCCUCAGCGCGGGACAGCGCCAUCGCCGAGCUCUACCGCCAGCGCCUCGACGGCGACAGCGUGCGCGGGCAGCUGGUGGCGGCGGAGCGCGCGGCGCACGAGAGCCGCGAGGCGUGGGAGGUGGAGCGCGACGCCCUCGUGCACCAGGCGCAGGAGGUGAAGGAUCGGGUGGCGGGAAUGUCUGAGAACAUCCACAAGCUGCUCCAGAGCCUGCAGGAGGAGCGCCUGCUCAACAGUGGGCUGCAGCGCAAGCUCAAGGAGACUGAGGAGUGCGGCAAGGUGCAGCUGUCAGAGAAGCUGCGGGAGCUGCGCGAGAUGAAGGCUGCACUCGCCGUGCUGCGCAAUGAGAAGCAGACGCUGGAGGUGGACAGACAGAGGCUGCAGGAGCACGUGAAGGAGCUGGAGCGGGGCGGUGAAGCAAAGGCGGUGGCGGCACCAGUCGUGCCCCCCCGUGCCACGCCACCCUGCCCGCCCCCCGGGGCCCCCGGACCCCACGGACCCCACGGACCCCCUGGUGCCCCUGCAGCCCAGCCUAGCAUGGGCGGCUACCUCCCGGGGCCCCUGCGCCCCUACAGCGAGAGCUGCACAGAGAAACCGGCUGCUGUAAAGGAGAAACCGCCUCUGGAAUUAGGCGGGGUAGAGCGCAAGACCCUACAGGACCUGGAACGAGUGCCGGACGUUACUGCCGCGCGCCCAGCCCCAAGGGGCGCCCACGUAGUGUGCAGCCAGCCUGGACCCAGCUCCCCCCGCCUUGACUCCAUGUUUGACUGGCCUGACUCGCUGGCGGGCUUCGGGGAUGAAGACGAAGCCAUGAAGUUGUCGUGCUCUCCGCCACUUUCCCCUCUGUCACGACAUCUGCAAUACCUGGACUUUGAGAGCCUGGCCGCAGAGCCCCCCCUCAGCUCCAGGGCUGAGCACAAGGAGUGUCCACAGUGUGGCAUGGUGUUUCCUCCGGCAUACGACCACAGCCUGUUUGAGAAGCACGUGAGCAAGCAUUAGGCGGUGAUGAACGGAGAGCACGUACUGCACCUUGACUCGCACAGACCUCGGCAGACGUCAGCCGCCUAGGUUCACUCCUCAAACGGAGGCUGAAGCUGUUUUUAAUAGUUCCUUCAUGUCACUAUUGCUAAAUGGGCAACGAUAUUUUAAUCACACUUGUAACAGUUUUUUUGUUUUACUGUUUGGGGAAAAUAAUGAUUACCUAUAAAAGUCAUAUUUAACAAAGAAAUUGCGUAUUAUUUUAUUUUGACAAAAGCAAUACUGUAGUACCUUUAUGCACAACUAGCUGUAGACUUUUCAGCAACAGUUUUUCUCGAAUCUGAUCUUGAGGAGAUGCCUUGUUUUGUUGUGUUAGUCAUGUACUCUCUAGUGGCGUGGUCGUCCCGAGCAUGACGAUACAUUUCAGUUGAGGUAACGCUUGAUUUGUCCCCAACACCACCACCUUGGUCGUCCACUAGCAGUCAACAGUGGUAGGGGCUGCUUGUUUUCGGGAAGGAGUAAACUCAUAACGCUUAAGAGAAACGUUCUGUAUUUUAAGUGAAGCUGCUCUUAAAUUGGCGUGGUGCAUUUUUUGUGCAUGGCUAUGCUAAUAAUGUCACAUUUGCUUACUGCCCACUUACAUAACUAUAUUGAAUGCUGUAGUUAAGUCUCUUUAAGUUGUUGUGGCAUUAUCUAACCUAUAAGUACUGUAAUCCAGCUCACUUGCAAAAAGGCCAAUUUUCACUUCUCUUCAAUUGUUUAAGUUGAUAUGUUUUAGUUUUAAAUGUAACAAUACACGUAGACAUAUGUGACAUGCAUUUCUUCCAGUGUGAACCACUGCUCUUGGCCGUGUUGCUUCCGAGCAAUCCAUUUAAAAUGUCGUUGGCUGCAACGUGCUCAUUAGGUGGGUAAUUUGAGCUGCUGUGCAAUUUAUUGCUGAUAGUUUAUGUAGCAUACUGUGUGUACGGUUGUACUGUAUUCAUACUGAAAUAAAUCAAUUCCAGUAAUCAA